AUGGCGACAGGAGCUACACCGGCAAGUUCGUCUUCAUCAGAUUCAGAAAGGUUGAAUGCGGUUGGAAUACUAUUUGGCCAAUAUUUUGGGCUAUUGUUUGCUAUGAUCGGAUUUCAAAUUAAAUCAGUGGUUACAACAAGCAAGGAAAUAACCGAACAAAUUAAGGCUUUGGCAUUAGUGUGUACUCUUUACUACAUGGUUUGGAUGGUUGUCACUUGGUAUCAGCUUCAAGUACCAUUAAUGAUGGUUACUUCUCCUUUACUUGGAACUGUUGUUGUUUUCAUAGGUUUGAUGAUUGUUUCUCAUAUGGUUGCUUUCAUUUAUUUGGGCUUGUUGAUCUUCGUCUUUGCUUUGAAGGUGUUGUGCAAUAAGUAUCCAAAAGAGAUCUAUGAAAUGAUUCCAGAAAACAUAAAAUAUUUAUUUGAAAGGCCAGCUGGGAACGAGAAUGUUGGGAGUUCAGCUCAUGAUUUGGAAUCAGGUCGAGUUGAGUCCGUUGCUGGCUACUGA